AGCAUCUCCAAACUUUGAUUUCCCAUGGCAGCCUUUUCAAGAAGGCUAACUUUUUCUUUGGUGCUCUUGUUUCUAUUUUUAAGCUUCACGGAAGCUAAAGAAUUCUUGGUUGGUGGGAAGACAGACGCUUGGAAGAUCCCAUCCUCUGAAUCAGACUCGCUCAACAAAUGGGCUGAAAUUUCCCGUUUCCGCAUUGGCGACUCUCUCGUAUGGAAAUAUGAUGGUGGCAAAGACUCAGUGCUGCAAGUGACUAAGGAGGCUUAUGGAAGCUGCAAUACCUCAAACUCAAUAGCAGAGUACAAGGACGGAAGCACCAAGGUGAAGCUCGAGAAGUCAGGGCCAUUUUACUUCAUCAGUGGAGCUGAGGGUCACUGUGAGCAAGGCCAGAAAUUGAUUGUGGUUGUGUUGUCUCCAAGGCACAGGUACACUGGAAUCACCCCAGCACCUUCUCCUGCGGAAAUUGAGGGUCCCGCCAUUGCUCCUACAAGCAGUGCUACAGGGUUGAAGGCUGGUUUCUUGGUGACACUGGGGGUUUUGGUUUUCGGGUUGUUUUGAGAUGUGACUGGAUUUUUUUUUUUUUUGGCUUUGAGAGAUGGUUUGGGUUUUGUUAUCCAUUAUUGUUGGGGAGAUUAUUUCAUUCUUUUUACAUGUAGUUGAGAUUACAACUUAUCAGUUUACCCUACUUUAAUGAUAUGUUAAUCCGUACUGAAUUGUUUCCUGUUGAUAGCUGUUGCAACUGACCCAGAAACCUGUAAGAUUUCAUCAACACAAUAACAGCACGAAUCAGGGUCAGAAGAGGAAAAUGAAGGAAAUAAACCAAUUCAGUAAUGUGAAAAGAAAAGGUUGGCUAAUGGAAUUU